UUCUUGCAGUUUCGCAUCCAAUAUUCGAGCAUCGCCCUGCUGUACUACGAUUACGCAUUGACAUUUCCCCGUGAGGUGAAAUAUAUAUGGGGCCACAAGUUUCGCAUAUCCACCCUGCUCUACGUGUUCUGCCGAUAUGCUCUGGUCGCGAACAUUUUAUAUCUGCUGGCUGUGGCUGGCAAGCUCCAUGCGAGGGUGAGGCGUGACAUGUCCUUAAUCUGCAACACAUGGUAUAAAUUCAUUGGAGCAGUCAGUGUCCUUGGUCGCGCGGCCGUGAUUACUGUAUUCUCCCGAAGCCGUCUAGUGCUUGCGUACCUCGGCUUGCUGGGAGCCGUGUGUAUUGCCCUCGACAUCACCCAUGUACCUGGUUUGCGAUGCGUGGGCAGUGCAAGUAAGUGCAUCGGAUCC